AUGUGCGAAGAGGAUGGUCCAAAAUCGACAAUUUCGUUUGCUAUGGUCAUAGCUGGAUCCAUAAUUUCAAUUAUAUCCAUUUCCAACAAUGUUCUUCUUUUCAUCUCCCUGAUUAGAAAUAAUCGAUGCUUCAAAUGUUACUUUCAUUUCAUUCUUGCCCUGUGCUUUUUUGACAUCAUCAUUUCCGUAUGUUAUAUGCCUGUAAUUCUCGUGGAUUCUUUGAAAGAUUGGACGAAAUGGAUUGAACUUGCCAGAGCUUGGUGGCCAUUUUUUGUCUAUGGACUGGCAAUGACACACGUCUGUAUGACGACUGCAUGCUAUAUUCUGAUAGCAGUUGCUUACGAAAGAUAUCUGAUCACAGUUAGAAGUUACAUGUUGAAGCAGUUCCAAAAACGAAGAAGCUGGUGGUGCUUUGCAUGCUUGGCAAUUGGAGUUCUUACAAAAGGUGGAAUGUUAAUGGAGUUGGAUGUGUUCCCAAAUGAGGAUCCCACUUGUAAGAAUACAGUUAUGGAGUACUAUGUGGAUGUAACCGAAAUCACAAAAUCCAACUGGUACGGUAGUAUUUACAAAUUCUGGUUCCGCAACAUUGUCACUGUAUUCCUCCCAUUCUUCCUUUUACUGUUAAUCAAUUUGGGAAUCGUGUUGGAACUUCGAUCCCAAAUGGAACAUGCUUUUGGAAACAGGUCAAGAAGACGUUUCUCGCUAAGAAUGCAAAGUCGGACAAACGUACGUCAGGCGACAGCCACAAUGUUAUUCAUUUGUGUCAUUUAUCUGAUAUCGAACGUUGUGAAUGUGUUCAUCACGGCGUGGGAAUUUGUGGAUCUUGAUUCAUUAACAAAUAGGUUUUUGGAAGAGUACAUGCUGUCUGCGGAUUUAUCAUCUGUACUGGUAGUGACCGCGUGUGCACUCCGACUUCCAAUUUAUAUGCUCUGCAAUCCGGAACUUCGAAAAGCUGUCAAAAAAUCCUUCACCCAUAAGAGCGAACACCAACAAAAAAUGCACCAAACUUUCUCACUUAUUGCAAAAAUUUUAGUAUAG